AUGACGGACAAGCUACCCCCGCCACUCUUGGCGCUUUUCCAGCCCAGACCACCCCUUCGAUACAUUCCUCCGAGCGACCGCGCACCAGGAGACUGCCCAAAGAGCACUCUCACUGGAGUUGCCCAGUACCUUGCCGAGGCCAAAGCCUUCGCCGAGGAGGUGCCUUAUAAUGCAACUGAAAGCUGGGUGCAACGCAAAUUGCGCGAAAAGACAGAAAAGAAGGAUGUUCUGCAGAAGAAAAUAGCUGAAGAGCUACAAACUUUCAACCCUGAGAAAGAUCCUCAAGCUCGAGGUGAUCCUUUCAAAACUCUCUUUGUUGCACGUCUCAGUUAUGAUGUCAAAGAAGCAGACCUGGAGCGAGAGUUUGGCCGUUUCGGUCCCAUUGAGAGAAUUUCCCUUGUCAAGGAUACAGUAUCAGACAAGAAAAAGAAAGCCCACCAAGGCUAUGCCUUCAUCGUGUAUGAGCGCGAAAAAGAUAUGAAAGCGGCCUACAAAGAAACAGAUGGCAUCCGAAUCAAAGACCGACGAGUCUUGGUAGAUGUCGAGCGUGGUCGUACCACUAAGGGAUGGAAGCCUCGUCGCUUUGGUGGUGGUCUCGGAGGACGUGGAUACACCAAGGCCAUGCCGUCCCGCCCCGGCGGACCUGGAUUCAAUGCACCAUCUGGACCUGGUGGGUAUGGAGGCGGAUUCCGCGGUGGUUUCGGUGGCAGAGGUGGAGGUGGAGGUGGUGGCUUCCGUGGUGGAGGUUUCCGCGGCGGAGAUCGCUUCGGUGGUCCUCGCGGUGGUAUCGGAUAUCAAGGCAACCGGAACGGCUUCGGUGGACAAGCCCCCCUAACGCACCGUCUGGUCCCGGUGGCGGACGCAGUGGAGGAUUCAGAGGUGGCUUCGGUGGUGGUGAUCGUGGUGGUGGUAGAUUCGACCGUGGCGUUACUGGCAGCAAUUCGGAACCUGUAUGGCGGCGGCGGCCGGGAUGCCGGCCGGGAUGCCAGUCGAGAGGAGUACGGACGCAAGCGAAACCGCGAGGAUGAGCCUGGAUUUGAUGAUCCUCGCUCCAGGAGACGAUACUAA